UCAGGCGGGGCGGGGCGGGACUGAGCGCGGGCGGCGGCGCGCCGGGGCCUCCUCCUCCCUUCCCUCCUCCGCCUCCCGCACUCCAGCAGCGGCUGCCGGCCGGACGGGUGUAGGUCCCGCCGCCUCCGCUUCUCUCUCGCCGCCGAUCCCGUGCCUUUGCGUCCUUGCUCGGCAUGUCGGCGGCUGUGGCGUGUGUGGAUUACUUCGCCGCCGACGUGCUCAUGGCCAUCUCCUCGGGAGCCGUGGUGCAUCGCGGACGACCCGGCUCCGAGGGCGCGGGCCCCGCUGCCGGUCUGGAUGUGCGCGCCACGCGCCGGGAGGCCACGCCGCCGGGGACCCCUAGGGCACCGCCACCGCCAGCUACCGCUCCCGGGCCAGGAGGCGCCACCGCUGCGCCCCACCUGCUGGCCGCCAGCAUCCUGGCCGACCUGAGAGGCGGGCCGGUAGUCGCCAACGCAGCCAGCACCGCGGGGGGCACCUCUCCGGUCUCUUCCUCCUCGGCCGCUUCGUCUCCGUCUUCAGGCCGCGCCCCCGGCGCCGCCAAGAGCCACCGUUGUCCCUUCCAUGGCUGCGCCAAAGCCUAUUACAAGUCUUCGCACCUCAAGUCACACCUGCGGACUCACACAGGUGAACGGCCCUUUGCCUGUGACUGGCCUGGCUGUGACAAGAAGUUCGCCCGUUCCGACGAGCUGGCCCGCCACCAUCGGACGCACACAGGCGAGAAGCGGUUCCCUUGUCCCCUGUGUACCAAGCGCUUUACCCGCAGCGACCACCUGACCAAGCACGCCCGGCGACAUCCUGGCUUCCGCCCGGAACUCCUGCGACGACCCGGUGCCCGCAGUGUCUCACCCAGCGACUCGCUGCCUUGCAGCUUGGCCGGCAGCCCCACGCCUAGCCCUGUCCCCAGCCCAGCUCCUGCUGGCUUGUAGAGCCCUGACCUGUCUACCCUGAGUGUGGUCCGCUUGCUGGGCCUCAGCAGGGAUUCCGACAAGGGACACGUCUGUCCUCGAGAGAGCCCGUGUCCUGGAGUUCCCAGCCCACCUCACGAAAGCAACAAGGGGACUGAGAAUGGACUUGGGUCACCUGGGGGUCUUGGGAGGUGACCUCAGGUUCUAUCUGUAAAUAGCCAUGGUUAACUGUCCUGUCUCCUCUGGGACCCCAAAAUGGGCAGUUGGCAGGUUUUCUCUGUCCCUUCUGCCACCCUGUUCCCCUCCUGGGUGGCGUUGGGAAUGAAGCCUGGUCCCAUUCCUUGUCCUCAGCCCCCCAAUCACCCCUCCAGGUUGGGACACAGGUACACAGAGCCAUAGGUGACCGGGGCUGCCCAUGGGCCCCGACCUGUCCCCACUCCACUGAAAGCCAUUGGCGGAAGUUCAGGGAAAUGGAGGGGGACACAGCGGGGCUGACCCCCUUCCAUGGGUACUUAAAUCUCAGGUGUCCAUAGGUUCUGCCCUCAGUAAGGGCCUCCCUCUCCCAGCCCCAGGGGUGCAGGAGGCACCACAGUUUUCAGAGAAUUUUAGGGCUGUGGGGCAUGCGGAGGUUUCCUCGUAGCAUUGCAGCUCACUUUGGGGGUGUGGUGCUGGGCAAAUGGGAAAGAAAUUAUUUAUUGUCCUCUCUGACUGCUGGUAUGGGGGGCCUGGCUCCCCCUCUCUGGGUGUGCAUAUGUGUGAGAGACAGUGAGUGUCUGGUACCUGCGGCUUAGCCUCCCUACUCGGCUGGGUUAGGGUCCCUGAGUUUUUGGCCUUGGUGGCAUUGCGUCUCAGACAAUCUAUAGGACCCCUGCAGCCAUCCGGCUACAGAUGAAGGGCUCUGGCCUGCCCGUCACGUUCCACACUCUCAGGUGUCUGCGGAGGGUGGUCUUGGACUCCAGGAUUGGGAACAGGGCGUUCAGCCUCUGGACCUUCUGGGGUAGCUCGGGGUUAUUUUGCACAGGAUAGACUAUUUUUUCAGGCUCAAGCUCCCUGUCCCAGUGGGGUCCCCUUGUGUGGCUGUUAUCCUCAGGGGUGUGAGUGGGGAUGGUUUCGGAAGAGUUUCAGUAGGAUCCUCUCCUAUUGCAGGCUGGAUUUCUUUUCUAGAAAAGCAAUUAGGGACUGUCACACACACACACACCAAGGAGUUGGGAACACAGAGCUACCCUGUGUUGGCUGUGGGAGGUUACUGGCAUUCCCAUUUGUUCCAGAACCUUCCAUCAUGCAAUGAGGGAGGCUUUGGGUAAUGCUAUCUUUACUGGAGCCUACGUGAAGGGAGGCCACCCGUCUGGAGCUGGGUUGAAGGCCUGGGCAGGCUCCCUUGCCGGGUACUUCCGUUUGCCCCUUCUCUUUGGCCACAGAAAUGAGAUGCCUUAGUUUGUGGGGUGGGGGGCUGGGGCCAAUUCUUUUUGUGUCUUUUGGAGGUAUCUUCCUUCAUCCCAGCUCCUGCUGGUCUCCUGUCCUUCCUGUAAACAGGGUCUGAGGUCCUUGGGAGUUAACUCCAUAAACAACCAGAGCUUUUCCGUGAUGUCCUCCCCUUCCUCCCUAACUUCAGGUUCUGAUUGAUAACUGGGACUUGGGUCUAACCGUUGAAGGGUAAUGUCUGCAGGGCAGGCAGGACAAGGGUCCUAAGGGAUUUAUUUGUUCUUUCCAUAGGGGGCACCUCUCCUCCAUUCCGCCUGGCCUCUCACCCUUGUAUUUAAAUUAAAAAAGCCCUUUUUAAAAACCUGC